UAGGAGUGAGCUGGAUAUGUAACCAAGUGCACCUUAUCAUGGCCUAUGAUUGAACAAUGUCAAUUCCAUCUGUGACGUCCCCGUGGAGCGGUGGUGGAGGAACUUCUCAAACCAACCAGCGACCAGCAAACGCAAGUCUGGAUAUCUGUAUGGCAAAGUACGAGGAGUACGCCGCGCCUAUUGGAGAGUUGUAUUGUCCAUGGACCUGGGACCAAGUGUUGUGUUGGCCACCCACGAAGGCAGGCACCACUGCCACCCAACGAUGUCCCAGAGACAAGGGCAUAGAUCCAACCAAAUUCGCGACGAAGCGAUGUUCGGUGGACGGCCGCUGGGAAGGGAAAGUGUCCGGGGACUACACCACCCCCCAAGGCUGGACGAACUACACCCCCUGUUACACACCCGAGAUGCUGGAGCUCUUCAAGAAAUUGUAUACGGGGUCGGAGGAAGCGGCAAGGAUGAAGCUGGAUAUCGCCGAAAAAACGAGAACCCUGGAGAUUGUCGGUUUCAGCGUGUCUCUUGCGGCCUUGGUAAUUUCCCUUGCCAUCUUCUGUCACUUCCGGAGUCUGAGGAACAAUCGGACACGCAUCCACAAGAACCUGUUCGUGGCAAUGGUGAUCCAAGUACUGAUCCGGCUCACCUUGUAUAUCGACCAAGCACUGAUUCGAAGUGGUUCGGAGCAUCGGGCAAAUACAAUUCGACAUGGAAUCGACAACACGUCGGGUCUGUGCGAGGCUUCGUACGUGCUGUUGGAGUACGCCCGAACUGCCAUGUUCAUGUGGAUGUUCAUAGAAGGCCUCUACCUCCACAACAUGGUCACAGUGACGGUGUUCCAGGAGAAGUCCUACAUUCCUAUGUACACAGCGAUAGGGUGGGGUGUGCCAGUUGCUAUGACUACCGCAUGGGCCAUAGCUACGUACUACAACAUGGGGACCACCAAGUGCUGGUGGGGCUACAACCUCACCCUGUUCUUCUGGAUCCUGGAGGGUCCAAGGAUGGCCGUUAUACUGCUGAAUUUCCUGUUCCUGUUGAAUAUAAUCAGGGUCCUGGUCGUGAAACUGCGUCAGAGCCACACCAGCGAGACUGAACAAGUCAGGAAAGCUGUGAGGGCGGCUGUAGUUCUACUACCUCUCCUGGGUAUCACCAACCUCCUCAACAUGGCUGAGGCCCCUCUGGACCGUUCUGUCUGGGAGUUCGCCAUCUGGUCAUACGGAACUCACUUCCUCACUUCCUUCCAGGGUCUCAUAAUCGCCUUUCUUUACUGCUUCCUUAAUGGUGAAGUGCGUAUGGCUGUAGCCAAGAGCGUGUCUACGUACCUGUCCCUGAGGCCGCACCACUUCACUCCCCGCCACAACUCCGCCUAUGUCUCAGGGGUGUACACAGAGCAGAUGGUGCCCCUGCCCACCGCCUCCGUGUUGCACCCCCCACCCUGCUGGUUGCGCCUGUGCUGUACCCGCCCCACACCACCGGAGCCCGCAAUACCUGAAACUAGAGUCUGACAAAGAGCUAGCAACCUCCUGAGUGCGACGUCUUCCAGUAGCCUGAGCCUGAGCUCCACAUGAACUCCAUGCAGAGGUCAAAGGUCAGAGCUCAGAAGUCACCUAUCUCGCAGUUCCAGAUUCUCAACACAGAACAGCCGCCAGCAACUGUUUUUAUUACACUCUGUUUAAGUUUUAUUAGAGCAAUCCAAUUUUAUAAAUCAUCAUGUGAUUAUCAUUACUUAUUUCAAAAAUACUUGAGUGUUGUGCAGUGUAGUUUACUGGUCUUUGAAAUCACACAAACAAAAAGAACGAUUUGAUAAAUCGGUACAUUUAGAAGUAAAUAUGGUAUCUACAUUCAUGUGAUAGCAUCAAUAAGCUGGAGCACUUCAUAUAUAAGCAUAAUAAGCAUCAAAAGACAUAUCAUGCCAUAAAGCUAUGUUUAAUAAGUUACCGAUGUAAAUUUAACAUAGAUAAUAUAUAUUGUACGAUCCAAUUAAACUACAGAAUAUACUCUUCUUUAUAAAUUUUAAAUCAAACAAUAUUCGUGUGGCUUUGUGUUUUCAAAGAACACGUCCUCAGGCCCACGUACCGAACAAAAUUGUUAUUGUAUGAUUUAAAAUUAAUAAAGAAAAACAAAUUUAUGUCUUAAAAUUAUAUAUAAAUAAGAUUUUAAAAAAUCAAUUUAUUAAUAAGUUACUGAUACAUUAUAAAAGUAUACUGGUUCAAAUACAAAUUGUGUUUCGAUAAGUUACUUAGGAUGAAUGCCAAACAAAACUUAUUUUACAAUAAGUUUCUGGGUCAAGUUUAAUACACAAUGUUACUUGUGAUAAGUUCCUAGAACGUUGAUUUGUCUCUUUUUCAAUGAAGUAAUUUUAAAAUAAUAAUUAUCUUCUUUGUCAUCUCUUAGAUAACGUUAUCAGUUAGAGAUACUUUAUCAAAGUCAUGGCGUAAUUUAAAAAGAAAUAAAAUUAUGUUACAAAAACUUUAUAAAUCCUUACAUAAAGGUUACUGAUCUUCAUCCAUCUUCAAGAUUUUCUCUCAACUACGCAAUGCAACUUAGGUUAUAAUGCUUACUUUUGGGUAAGUAUUUAGUUAUUAUAAAUUUCUGAGACUAGCGCCAAACUCCACAACAGCAAAAAAGAAAUUUAAAAUUAAUCGUAAUUUUCUUUUAUUUUCAAAUUGAAUUUGGUAGGAUUUUAAGCUCGUGUUUAAAAUUAUAAAAAAUUACAACGCAUUAAUGUCAUAUGUUUCCUUAUGAAGCUUUACAUUUUUAAAGAUGAAUAAUUUAUUUGUAUAUAUUUCCAAACCAGUAAAUGAGUGCGUAAGACAUUAAAAUAAACACAUACAAGGAAGAAAAAGGUCACAACUCAUAAUCGUUAACAAACACAAUUACUUUAACGAGAAAGAGUUGUCUACGUUUUGGUAAACUAUAAUAAUUAUUGGUAUUGAUUGAAAAAAACUGUAUUUCUACGAAGUGAUCUGCUGCUAAUCUUCAAGAUACAAAAUACGUCUACUCAUUUUAAAGCUAUUACCAAAUCAUGACAAUUACUCAUUAAUUCAAAUUAUUUAGAUUGUAAUAUAAUUUUAUAUUAUAUAUAAUUCUAUAAGUCAUUUACAAGAGUGUUUUAAGUCUAAAACAUCAAUGGCUAGGAGGAGGUUUUCAAUUUUAGAUUUUAUGUAAGUUGGUUUAUUGAUUGUUUUACUAGUUCAAGGUUUUCAAGUUAGAGAAAGACUGAUGUUUUUGUGUAAUAUCGUUUGUUUUUAUAUGUUUAUAGUUGAAUAUUUAGUUCGUAUCAAUUUUCUGUGCCUAGAUUGACUAGAUUUGCUUUUUGGUAAUGUUCAUUUACACCAUUAACAUAGCAACUGCGUAAAAAAAAGAAAACUAUGUAGGCUUCUUUAGAUGUAGCGCUUUGUAUUAAUUAAUUUUAUAUAAUGUACAUAUUUGUUGUCUUUAUUAUUACAAAGUAGAGUUGAUUAUGAAAUCGAUAUUUGUGUUGUAAACCAUUAAAACUCGAUACCGUAAAUUAGCGAGAAUGUUUGGCCUAAUGAUUUUACGAUUAAAAUGUCCUAGUAGUUUUAAAUACGUGGUGUUUGUAUUUAAUCAAUUCAUAUUUGAAGUACUCUUCUGAGACGUUCCCGUGAUACUUGCAGUAGAGUAUGUCCAGUCUACACUAGUAAAAGAUUGUACGGAAGUUACAUUUUCGAUCAAAUGGGGCCAAAUGUUCUUUUAUUUGUUUAUUUAUAUGCGGUAAAACAAUUUAUUUUGCUCCACCGAUUUGGCCGAUAUAUCAUAGUGUCUAUACAGAUCGAGAUAUUAUGUUAGAAACCUUUAUCAAAACGAAAUUAAAGUGCCUUUUUUAGAAAUAUUAAAAGCAUGAUUUAUGUUAUUUAUAUUUUAGUAGGCUAUUGUUGUUCUAAUUAAUGAUUCAAAUAUUGUAAUAGUUUUGUCAAAAACUCCAAAUUAUCUUUAUUUAUCAUGACUAAGGCAUCUUUAUUUGAAUAAGUGACCGAAUUGGUGAAUAUAUACACUUUGAUUCGAUUUAAUCCUAACACACACAUAUAAUUUAUUACAAUAGAGCAAUAAUUGUAAGUCGCACAUAUGAAAAAUAAAAUAAAGUUUAACAUUUAAUACCAAUAAUGCCAAAUAUUUAAUUUUUGUCUUUGUUGUAACUAAGUAUCAUAAUUUAGUAUCAUUCUUGUUAUAAAAUCUACGAGUAUUUAAUAGAAUACUAUUUUCUAACUAUAGUGAGCGUAGGCAUACGUCACGAACAAGGUUAAUUUGAUAUGCUGUAUCUUAAAUUAAUUUAAAUGUUAUCUAGAAUUUAGCUUGUAUGUGUUCAUAUUUAGGACCUGCAUAAUUAUUUUAGUUGAGUGAUGAAUUUUUAAACUUGUUUCAGGUUGUUAUAAUUGUAAGCAAAUCUUUGUUUUGAAGUGUUUACACAAAUUGUGGUACAGAUCAAGAGAUAUAACAGAGUUUGUUGUUACAACCCUUCAGGGCAAGAGAGAUAUACAUCACCUACAGGACCAAUUAGGGGUCCUAACACCUACAAGAUGUAUGAACCUACAUUCCUCCUCGAUUUUCCUCCCUUAUACUUGUUGAACCUGUUGGGAAACUUUAUCCCUCUACGACCAGGACUAACUGAAUUUCGACUUUGUGGAACAAUCGAUAGUAAACAUCGAUAUUAUAAAAAAAAACAAUUAUAAAUAUCGGUAUUACAAAACAAUCGGUUAUAAAUAUCUAAUUGAAUCAAAUGUAUAGUAAAUUGAGCAUACUGUUGAUGUUCCCCUAUUAUAUAGAUGGGAAAUCUAAUUUAAUUUUUAACAAAGUUUCAUCUAUGAAGAUAUGAUUAACACACAGUGCAAUACUGUAUUUUAUAAGAAAAUAAUUUGAUACCUCAAUUAUAAAAAACGUAAUACGUGCAAUGACUAGUAGAAAUUGAAAAUAAAAGGAUAAAACUUCAUUUAUUUGGCUACUGUUAAACUGAAAAACAUUCACUUUCCCUUCGUGAAUACAUACAACACUUUUAUGGUUAUAAAUUUAAAUUGAGAUCUGUUCCAAUAAAUUUCAAUGUUGUAAUUUAUACACCUUUCCAAUGUAAAUAUAACAAAUUAUUAAUUGCUUAAAGGAAAACAAGUAACGAAUUUAUUAAGUACUUUGUUGUUGUAAUUGUGAAAAAAACUGUAUUAUUGUAUUGUUAUGUUUAUUGGAUAAUUUUCAUGUGAUAAACACCUUACUAACGAUGUUAACUACGUAAUACGAUAUCAACAUUCAAAUUCGAUAUUUACAAUCGAUUGUUUUGUCGGUCUCUUAUGGAAGUGCAGCCAGUGCCUCAACCCCUAUGAACCAAAUAGCAACCCCAAUUCCUACAGAACCAGUUAGAAAUGAGUUUGAGACUCUAAGCCCUACAAGAGCAGCUAGGAACCUAAUUCCCUGCAAAACGAGGAAGGAACACCAACCCCUACAGGACCAGCAAGGACCCCAACCCCUAAAGGAUCACAAAUCCUUCAGGAACAAACCCUACCUAUCGGAUCGUGUUCUGGCUGUGUAAGAAACAUUCAUAUUUUUACAGAGUUAAUGCAAUAUUUUAGUUAGACUGCUAGGUUCUUACAGAUUAAUACAGAUAUGGUAUUCUUACUGAGUAUUUUUUAUAAUAAAAGUGAUAUUUUUCCGUUAAAUAAUUCUUUGAUAUGUGUUAUCAUAUUUUAUAUAAAUAAAGUGAUAUUUAUAAGCAGGAUGGUGUGUAAAAACACAACAACUAUUCGUUCUCCAUAUAAAUAUGUUAUUGUUAAGUUAGCACGAUUGAAUAGUGUUCAUAUUCUGAGAAAUCAAAUUCAUCUUUUAUUUAUCCCGCCAAAAGAGGUAACUUUAACCAAUUCCAACCUUUCCAGUAAACUGCAAUGAAUAGUAUUUCUUUAUAUUUGAUAUACAUAAGUUUUGUAAACAUUAACCCAUAUUUAUAUUACCAAUAAAUUCAGAAAAAAUAUCACGUUUUGUUUAAUUUCUUCUAGUUAUUUUUCUAAAACAUAUUUUGAUUCAUUACAAUAGAGUCGAUGUGAAAUGGAAAUAUUAUCCGAAUUAAGGAAAUAUUUAUUUUAGUUCAUGUUGCUGGAAUAAUAUUAUUUAAACGUCAAUUGUAAUUACAAAAUGUUCUAUGAAAUCUUUAAUUGUAAAACUAUUUCUUUGCCAUCCUUUCUGUUUAAUUCGAAUUCGCUGAAAACAAAACCUGGCGAUAUUUUAAAGUACAUUUUAAAACAUUAACGCAUACCUUCGGUUACAGUAUUAUGUUGUGUUCAUGUAAGAUGUGUUACAAUAAAAGAUGAAUAUUUCUAUUCAUUAUGUAAAUCAUACCUUUUGUAUUGUUGCUAUACAAUAUUUAUCCUUCACAGGGUAAUCUUCAUAUAUUAGAAAUUGUGGUUUUUCUUAAUUACGUAGGAAAGGGUAUGUUUGUGUAAGGCAGGAGUUCCCAUGCUUUGUAACGUAGGCUAUUUUUCUACAACUUAGGCUACAUAUUUAUAAAUUAAGCUUGGUAGGAGAGCUUGGAGGGCCGUACACUCUAGGGCAGUACCUCCAUUCUAAAAUGUAUAACUGUUAAAAAUUGAUAAAUAAAUUUAAUGUUUUUAAUA